GACAUUUUAUCUUACGUUGGCGAUGCCGUUACUUAUGGGUUAUUACUUUCGUAGAUGUUUAAGUCGAUUUUCUUAUAGACGAUGAUAUAGUUUGAUCUUCUCUUAAUUUCCGUCAAGGUUAUAUACCAAUUUUUAUUCUAGGCUAGUAUAGAUUUACAAUAGUUUUCUUGGAGCCGAUUCCACAUUCAGAUGCUGCAGUACCCGGUUUGCGAAUUGCUGGCCGGCGAGUAGUCAUAACCUAAAAGCUGUUCAAAUUGCUUUAUUGACUCGAACAUAACGUUUAUAUUCUAAAAAAGCUAAGCAUAGUGAGAGAAAUGAGCAGUAAAAUAAGAUCGAUAAUAUAUAACAAGGUGUUCCACUCGUCCGAAACUUUGUCAGCGAUAGAUGUAUGCACUGCCUUAUCACAUCUUACAUUAAAACACAAUCCACCAGACAGAACAUAUUCGUUCCAAUUGCCUUUGAGAACAAAACAGUAUAAUUUAGAAGAUGAGGUUCGAAAUUUUGACAAAAUUCCAUCAGACGAUUUUAUGCAAUACGUUGGUCCAUCUGAAACAAAAGUGAAAAAAGUCGCGAGCUUUCAUAUACCCAGAAAUGAAUUUAUCAAAGAACUUUUGGAGAGUAAUUUUCAUAGUGUCAAACCGCCAAGUUUUUCUAAUAAUCCACAAACUGUUGUUAUAGAUUUUAGCUCGCCUAACAUAGCCAAGCCAUUUCACGUCGGGCAUUUACGUUCAACGAUAAUCGGAAACGUUAUAGCAAAUUUAAAUGACUUUCUGAAUAAUAGAGUAAGAAGGAUUAAUUAUUUAGGUGACUGGGGAACGCAAAUUGGUUUCGUUCAACUUGGUCUUAACAUGUCUAAUAUUUCUGAGGAGACAAUAAAAAACGAACCCAUUCAAUCAUUGUACAAAGCAUAUGUUCAUGCUAAUAAAAUGGCAGAAAAGGAACCACAAAUUGCUGAUCAGGCUAGGGAGAUUUUCCGACAAUUAGAACUUGGUAAUAACACCAAUAUUGAGCAAUGGGAGACAUUUAAAAAGUAUACAGUAGACGAAUUAAAAAAAACUUACAGCAGAAUAGGUAUUACGUUUGACGAAUAUCACUGGGAGUCUAUGUACAAUGCAGAUAAAUUAAAGACAUUAAUUUCUAAAAUGGAAAACUUAAAAUUAUUAGUAAAUGACGAUCAGAAUAGAAAAGUUGUGCGUGUCAAUGAUGAAAAAGAUAUUCCUGUGAUAAAAAGCGACGGCUCCACUCUCUAUAUAACACGUGACAUUGCUGCAGCCAUUGACAGAUUCGAAAGAUACAAUUUCGAUAACAUGUAUUAUGUAGUAGACAAUUCGCAAACGAAUCAUUUUACAAACCUAAUAUAUAUACUAAAUAAAAUGCAACUGCCCUGGGCAAAUCGACUGAAGCAUGUAAAAUUUGGUAAACUUCGCGGUAUGAGUACGCGAAAAGGAACGGCAGUAUUUUUGAAAAGCAUUUUAGACGAGAGUCGAAUUGUUAUGAAAGAAAAACAAAUGCAAUCUCCGACAACCAAAGUUUCGUUAGACGAGAAUGAUAGCAGUGCAGAGAUACUUGGAAUUUCUGCAAUAAUAAUUAAUGAUUUAAAACAAAAGAGACAACGCGAUUAUGAUUUUGAUUGGAAUACCCUUUCGGACAUGAAAGGUGAUACGGGUGUAAGACUGCAGUACGUGCAUUGUCGACUAGUAAGUCUAGAAGAAAAUUGUGGAGCUAAACUGGUAUCCGAAUGUGAUCCUUCAGUUUUACAAGAACCAACUGUUGACGAUCUAAUAACCGAUAUCGGUAGAUUUGAUGAAAUCAUUUUCCGAGCUCAUCAAGAAUUAGAACCACACAUUCUAGUGAAUUACCUACUUCGCCUGAGUCACACAAUAAACAAAGCAUUGAAGGUGCUACAGAUAAAACAUAUGCCAUCAGACAUAGGAUCACAACGAUUGUUACUUUUCCACAGUGCAAAAAAUGUUCUUGCUCAGGGACUGAGACUGUUAGGAAUUACACCGAUGAACAAAAUGUAAAAAUGACUGCAAGGAGUACUUAGCAUAUAAAUUCAAUUAAAUUUAUUUUCCCCAAUAAAUGUCUAAUUAAAUAUC